AUGGAAGAUACUUGCCCAACAGACAACGAAUUCAACGGUCAACACAUGAAGGCACGUAUUGCUUCUGUAUUUGUGAUUAUGAUCGUUUCAGGCAUUGGAUCCUUUCUUCCUUUAAUUUCUUCAAAGUGCCCUUCGCUAAAUGUUCCACCAACCGUUUUCUUUAUCAUUAGAUAUGUUGGCACAGGUGUCAUUUUGGCUACUGCUUUUAUUCAUUUGCUUGCAGAGGGGAUCGAAUCUCUUACAAAUGAGUGCUUGGGAGGAAUUUUUGAAGACUAUUCUUGGGGAGCCGGUAUUGCUUUGAUUGGAGUUUGGGGCAUGUUCUUAUUCGACCUCGUCGCCAGGAGAAUUAUUAGAAACAGAAACUCCAAUGCAAGCAUUGACAGCAUUGGAUGCUGUACCCACGUUGCACUAUGUCCUAAUAGUGAAAAUGUUGCUAAUACGUUAAGUAAGGGCAACAAUUCACUUACUCGCGAAAUUGACAUUCAGAUCUUGAAUGUCUUUAUAUUAGAAAUAGGUAUUGUUUUCCACUCUGUAUUUGUUGGUUUAGCAUUGGCUAUUGCUGGUGACGACUUUAUUGGUCUAUUCAUUGCUAUUUCUUUCCAUCAACUUUUGGAAGGCUUGGGUUUGGGAGCUCGUUUUGCUAUGGCAAAAUGGCCCAAAGGAAAAGAACAUUACCCAUGGCUAUUGUCCACUGCAUUCACUUUGGUAACACCCAUUUCAAUAGCUGUCGGACUCGGAGUUAGAAAGUCUUAUCCUCCAGGCUCUAGAAUUGCUCUUAUUACCAACGGUAUUUUCGACUCUCUUUGUUCGGGUGUUUUAAUUUACAACAGUUUGGUUGAGCUCAUGGCUUACGAUUUCAUGUAUUCCCAGGAGUUUGAAGAAGAUGAGUAUAUUUCCAGGCAACUCUGGGCUUUCCUCUGCCUCUCUAUUGGAGCCUUUGCUAUGGCAUUAUUAGGAUACUGGGCAUAA